AUGAAUGAUGAAGACUACAGCAACAUCUACGACACAAUCCAGAAAGACAGGAUAUAUGAGGUUCCAGAAGAUAAUGCAAGUCCUUUAUAUGAUGCUGUCCAGGAAGAUGGCAGACCAGAAAACACCUUGUAUGCCGCUGGGCUGCAAAACCACGAAUACGAUUCUGUGUCAGUCUAUGCUGUUAGGGAGGAAGAGAACGGGUUGGGCUCUUCCCAAGCAGAAGUAGAAGACUACCUCCUGCCCGAUGAGGUGUGCCCUGAGGUCCAGGAUCCUCAACCAGUGGACCUCCAGGAGGAUGGGGACAUCUCAGUGGAAGAAUUCCAUUCACCAUUCCAGGACCACAGGGGCUGCCCUGAGGAGCCACAGGAAAAUGGAAGCAGGAUAAAGGAAGACCUGCCUUCUCCUGCAAGCUUCACCAUCCAGUGCUGCCAGACCUUCUUCGCCAGCAAGGACUCCCCCAUCUCCUAUUCUGAAACUGAUGAUUUGGAAAAAAAUCAAACAGUUUCCAAGAACCCUGAGAUUUUCCUGUUCGUGAAGGCUGGAAUCGAUGGGGAAAGCAUUGGCAACUGUCCUUUCUCUCAGCGUCUCUUUAUGAUCCUCUGGCUGAAAGGAGUCGUGUUCAACGUCACCACGGUGGAUCUGAAAAGAAAGCCAGCCGACCUGCACAACCUAGCCCCUGGAACCCAUCCACCCUUUCUGACCUUCAACGGAGAUGUGAAGACAGAUGUCAAUAAGAUCGAGGAGUUCCUGGAGGAGACCUUGACCCCUGAAAAGUACCCCAAACUGGCUGCGAAACACCGGGAGUCCAACACGGCAGGCAUUGACAUCUUCUCCAAGUUCUCUGCCUACAUCAAAAACACCAAGCAGCAAAAUAAUGCUGCCCUUGAGAGAGGCCUGACCAAGGCACUGAAGAAACUGGAUGACUACCUGAAUACCCCGCUGCCAGAGGAGAUCGACACCAACACCCGUGGGGACAAUGACAAGGGGUCUCGGCGCAAGUUCCUGGAUGGGGAUGAGCUGACCCUGGCCGACUGCAAUCUGUUGCCCAAGCUCCAUGUGGUCAAGAUUGUGGCCAAGAAAUACCGCAACUACGAGUUCCCGGCGGAGAUGACAGGCCUGUGGCGGUACCUUAAGAACGCCUAUGCCCGGGAUGAGUUCACCAACACCUGUGCAGCGGACAGCGAGAUCGAGCUGGCUUAUGCCGAUGUCGCCAAGCGCCUCAGCCGGUCCUGAGCCCUGCCCAUGCCCAUCCUGAUGCACAGGGCUCUACUUCUCCCCAAGA